AUGGCGAGCGAAUUUCUGCGGAUGGUCGUCAUAGUUGAGUUGCGAGAUCCGCCAGAACGACUUCAUGGUUCUGUUACCGGUGUUGAGGCCGGCCAGAGCUUAACUUUAAGUAACGUUUGGUCCCUUGACACUCACUCGUGGAGGCCUCAAGUCGUCGUCAACCCGGCCAACAUUGUUGAAAUCUUCGACGCGAGCAAGGACCCAGCUAAACCACCCGCACCCGCUUCCGACCAACAGACAUCUACACCGCCGGUAUACGAUGACCCAGCCAUUCUCUCGUUUAAAUUUGGCACCGUGCGGCCCGAUUCGGGCCCAGGAAGUUGUGGUCGGCCGUCCAGCAAGACUCGGCAGGCUGCGAGUACUGGGAGUACUGGGACAAACCAUCCACAAUUCUCCCGGGCGGCGGUACAGGACGCAUCCAUUCGGGGCCUUUCUGUGAAAGCACCGGCUGCUGAUAGCGGCCCGUUCCAGGCAGAUGAUUCUAGGGUAGCCAUCAGCCCUCUGAAUGCUACUGGCGAAUUGGACACUACGACGACAAACCCCCAUGCGGUGCAACCUGAAGACUCACAAAAGGCACGCAGGCGACCGCGGCAACCACGCAUGUCCAGGGCGGACCACUCGGGCGAGACUAUUCGCGCUCCUGUGGAACGACAGAAAUUUCAAGCAGGCAGAGGUAAAGGCUGGAGGGAAACUCCUAUGCUACAGGACACUGCCUCGUUCCAGCCAUUCAACGCACUGAAGAAGGGCGGCCAGAGACGACGACAGCAGCCUAGCCAGGAAAAUGGGUGGGCCUCUGAAGAUGUCACCGAUGUGCAGGAGAUGGGUGAUUUCGACUUUGAAGGCGGUCUGGCGAAGUUCGACAAGCGGACGCUGUUCGACCAGAUGCGCCGGGAAGACGAGGUUGCCGUUGCCGACCGCCUCGUCACACACAAUCGUCGACCGCUUCCAAAGCCGGGCACGGCCAGUGGUAAAAAUCUGCACUAUUCGGAGAAUGUAUUAGACGUGCCGCCAACAGCGGCAUCUUUGACGCCAAAAUCCAUCGUCAGAGAGCCUCAGGCCGUCUCACAUGACUUCUGGAAUAGCGAGGCUGAUGACGUUGGCGCUGGAAAGGGUGCCAGUGGUGGGGGGGGAAGGUCGAGCGGACGAGAGUUUGAGAGCCGGCAGAGUUCACGUCGGGACGAAAGCAAGGCACCAAACAUGAGGCGGUCGCAGUCCCGAAAGGCAAGCGCCAGCACGGCCGGACAAGGCCCAGCGCGGCCGCAUGCCACAAGCGCACGUGUGCAACAUGGAUCUGUCUACUCCGAGAGGUCACAAGCUCAGACAUCUUUUCCGGCUUCGACCUGUCCGCGGGGCUUAUACCUGCUUCCAUCGAAACGUCGGCUGGAAACGGUGUCGGCAUUGCAGAUGCUCAAUCUGGAAAACAUUGCUCACAAUGAGAUGGGGCUCACGGAAGAUAUGAUGGCAGAGAACGCCGGCCGGGGAAUAGCCGAGGCUACACUGAUUGCACUCGCCGACCCAGCCAUCAAGAUCCGCACCGGUGCAACUGCAGUCGGCAGCAAAACAGCCGUGCAAUCCUCUGCCAGCAGCUCACCGGCGACUGUCGUUGUGCUGUCGGGCAAUAAUAAGUCAGGGAUACGAGCAGUGGCAGGCGCACGGCAUUUGCGGAACAGAGGCAUCAAUGUUCUUGUCUGUGUGGUGGGUAUUGAGCGAGGGGAACGCGAGCUGCUUGAAGACUUUCGGCAGCAAAUACGACUAUAUCGGAACUUUGGCGGUCGCAUAUAUACAAAGAGCGAGCUGUUUGAAUACCUGCGGAAGGCAACUAUACCUACGCUGACAGUCGACACUCCGCGUAGUGCAGUGGUUGCAAGGCCACCUGCCGUCGCGCUGAUUGUUGAUGCUCUUCUUGGCCUGGCCAUAUCCUUUGAUGAAUUGCGUACGGGAGACCAAGCGACAGUCUACGAGCUGAUCAAAUGGGCAAAUCGCAACGAGGCGUUUGUUCUGGCUGUAGACGUGCCCACUGGCAUCGAUCCUACGUCGGGCAAGGUCAGUAUCAUCGACGGUACUCGGCUUUACGUUCGUCCACGAUAUGUCAUAGCUAUGGGCGCUCCCAAGCGCGGCCUCCUCGAGGCUGUGUCGGCAGGAGAGGCAGAGGACGGUACAUUGACCGAGCCGGCCGUUCUGGAUGAUCCAGCUCUAGACUGGAGGCUGUUUAUUGCCGACAUUGGCCUGGGGGUGGCAGCUUGGAAAAAGGCUGGGACAAAGAUCCGGCGCGGUAUUGAUUUUGAUGACAAGUGGCUGCUCGGGAUGAAGUAUUUCGGGGAUGCAUCCGGCAGAGAGCUUGAUUAG